AUGUUUCAACCCGCACCCAAGAGGUGUUUCACCAUCGAGUCGUUGGUGGCCAAGGAUAAUCCGGUGGUCCCGGCGUCGCGUGCGGAGGAGCCCAUCAGGCCGGCGGCUCUGAGCUACGCCAACUCGGGGCAGAUGAACCCCUUCCUCAACGGCUUCCACUCCGGUGGCAGGGGCGUUUACUCCAACCCGGACUUGGUGUUCGCAGAGUCGGUCGCGCAUCCGCCCAACUCGGCGGUGCCGGUGCAUCCGGUGCCCCCGCCGCACGCGCUGGCAGCUCAUCCGCUUUCGUCCCCCCACAGUCCGCACCCUCUUUUUGGCAGCCAGCAAAGGGACCCUUCUACCUUCUACCCUUGGUUAUUACACAGAUAUAGAUACUUGGGACACAGAUUUCAAGGUAACGAAACGAGUCCAGAGAGCUUCCUUUUGCACAACGCCCUGGCCAGAAAACCCAAACGAAUUCGCACGGCUUUCUCGCCGUCGCAGCUGCUGCGGCUCGAGCACGCCUUUGAGAAAAAUCAUUAUGUGGUGGGUGCAGAAAGGAAACAGCUCGCGCACAGCCUUAGCCUCACGGAAACUCAGGUAAAAGUGUGGUUUCAGAACCGAAGGACAAAGUUCAAGAGACAGAAGCUAGAAGAGGAAGGUUCGGAGUCCCAGCAGAAGAAGAAGGGCUCGCAUCACAUAAACCGCUGGAGGCUGGCCACCAAGCAGUCCAGUCCGGAGGAGAUCGAUGUGACUUCGGACGAUUAA